AUGGCGAUAUUCCAAGAUGAAGAUGUCGAGGCAAUCAAACUGCUCGAACAGCCAUGGGCAUCGGAGAAAGUGCUUGAAGUAAGGACCGGUAGGGUAAGACCUGUCUUCGGCAUCCAGGUGCAGUCUGCUAUUUUCAAAAACGUCCGACCAGGUCCUGUUACGGUCAAUAAGUUGGGAUGUGAGGGUGAUCAACACGCCUUCGAGCUCCAUGGCGGCCCGGAAAUGGCCCUGCUGCAAUACAGCACGCUCCAUUAUCGUCGAUGGAAAGAAGAGCUUCCUGAAAGCGCACAUCUGUUUAUCCCUGGCGGAUUUGGCGAAAACCUCGUCGCAAAGUAUGCCAAUGAACGAAAUCUCUGUAUCGGCGAUGUCAUCCAGAUUGGCACCGUUGUUGCGCAGGUCUCGCUGCCCCGUCAACCAUGCUUCAAGUUGAACCACCGAUUCCAGAUCAAGGAUAUGUCCAAGCGCUCCCAGGACCUCUUUCGGACCGGAUGGAUGUAUCGAAUUCUGGAAGAAGGCACAGUGCAGGCUGGAGAUGACAUGGUACUUCUCCGACGACCGCAUCCUGAAUGGACCAUUGCCAAUGUUCAAUACUACCUCUAUCACGAUAUGCGGAACGAGACGGCCAUGAAGCAAUUGAUUGAAAUCGAGGAGCUAGGAGCAGAGAUCCGUACCAUCUUCGAGAAUCGCCUCAAGAAGCAGUAUGAGAACCAGGAGGGACGGCUCACGGGCGGCGAUAGCAUGGCAAUGGACAUCUGGUCUAGCUACAGACUUGUCAAGAAACAAAGGGAGACCCCGCGGAUUGUUUCCUUGACACUGGAGCGCACCAAUCCCCUAUCGGAGACCCAGGAGGUUAAGCCAGGUUUCGAGGUCGCCGUCGCCCUCAGCGAGACUAGCCGUGGAGGAUCAUGCUUUGUGCACCAGGACCUGAGCCUGGGCGAUACGUUGUGGUUCGGGAAGAUCACACCGAGCUUCCCACUUUCCAGUGACGCCGGUGAGCAUGUCUUCGUCGCCGGCGGCAUUGGCCUAACCGCAUUCAUUGCCUCCGCAAACCGCUGCCAACGCGACAGAUUGCCCUACCAUCUACACUAUCUGGUUCGAAGCUCGUGCGACGUGGCUCUGAAGAGAUCUCAAAUCAUUUGGAUCCAACGUUACCAUCUACGACAAGUCCGCCGGAAAGGUGUUCAACGCCGCCACGGUGGUGGGAAAGACGAAGAGCAACACGCAUAUCUACUGCUGCGGCUCGGAUCGACUCCAAAACGCCGUUACCGAAGCGGCGCAUUCGAUGGGUGUCUGUUCCAAUCAUCUUCACUUCGAAUCCUUCGAGAUUGCGACUUCUGGGGAUCCAUUCAUGGCCGAACUGGCUGA